GUGAUAUUACAACGCUUGAUUCCCCCUGCAAUCAUGUCCAUUGCUCAUGGUGUCAAGCUACUUGGCGUCCUCGGUGCAGGACAAAUGGGCACUGGGAUUGCCUUUGUGUCAGCGCUGAGGGCAAAGGUUCCGGUGCUCCUUCACGACAAGUCUAAGGACCAGGUGGCCAGAGGUCUCGCUCUCAUGGACAAGCUACUUUCAAAGGAUGUUGCAAAGGGUAGAAUCCAAUCGAACGAGGCCCAGGAAGCGCGCGACCGCGUGCGCGUCGUCGACGCUCUUGACGAGAUGUAUGAUGUGGAUAUGGUUAUCGAGGCUGUUUCCGAGAAUUUGGACCUCAAGAAGACUGUCUUCCGGAGCUUCUCCGAGAAACUUGGACCGGACGCCAUCCUGGCGACGAACACAUCGUCUAUAAGUGUAACUAAGAUCGCUGCCUCAGUCGUACCGGAGGGGGUAAGUCCGGCAUCUGCAGAAGGCCAAGCUGCAACUGGACGUGUUGUCGGUUUGCAUUUCUUCAACCCGGUACCGGUGAUGAAACUCGUCGAACUCAUUUCCGCGGUGCAAACAACGCCUGAAACUCUUGCUCGUGCACGUGCGUUCGCAGAGGCGUGCGGAAAGGAGGUUACGACGUCACAAGAUGUCCCUGGCUUCGUCUCAAAUGCGCUUUUGAUGCCCUUCAUAAACGAAGCCAUUAUGUGCUUAGAGAAGGGUGUGGCAACCCGGGACGAUAUCGACAAAACGUUCAGGUUGGGCAUGAACCAUCCUAUGGGUCCCCUGCAGCUUGCUGACUUCAUUGGCCUCGACACGUGCCUUGCCAUACAGAAAACACUCUACACUGGCACUUCUGACUCCAAAUACCGGCCUUCUGUGUUGCUCGAGCGGAUGGUCGAUGCGCAAUGGCUGGGGAAGAAGAGUGGGAAAGGGUUUUACGAGUACACAGAUGACUGAUUAACAGACGUUUAGCACUCACACCUACACUUGAAUCAUACAUGGUAUGCAUAGAGAAUGGAGCCCAGAUUGGUGCCAGUUGGUCUGCUAUACAGCAUGCACUUAGUGACGGGAAAUACCGAGUGGCUAUGCACGCAUUGAAACCC